GACGCAAUGAGUCAAUCACAAAACGACAGAGAUGGAAUACACAACAUAUUCUGCUUUAUCGUUGAAAUUAUUGAAAAGAGUAAAAAGGAACGAAUUGAUUGAAUAGCUCAGCAAAAUAAAUACCUUGAAGCAAGAGUUAGAAACUUCAACUAUAAAAAAAAAAAAAAUCUGUCAAUAAGAGAGACUCGCACAUCUCAAUAUUUUAAGUGACCAAAACGAAAAACGAAAACAAAUUCAAGGCAAUGGCAGCUAUAGAACCAUUGACAUUGGGCAAAGAUGUUGAACGAUGCAUUGAACUUUUGGAUAAAUUACAAAAUAGCGGCGAAGUUCCAGCACAUAAAUUGGCUGAAUUACAGAAAGUAUUGCAAAGUGAUUUUCUGAGUGCGGUACGUGAAGUGUACGAGCAUGUUUAUGAAACGGUUGACAUUCAAGGUUCACAAGAUGUUCGAGCAUCGGCCACGGCCAAAGCAACCGUAGCUGCAUUUGCAGCAAGUGAAGGGCAUGCACAUCCACGCGUUGUUGAAUUGCCAAAAACGGACGAAGGUCUUGGUUUCAAUGUGAUGGGUGGCAAAGAACAAAAUUCACCCAUUUAUAUAUCACGCAUCAUACCAGGUGGUGUAGCCGAUCGUCAUGGUAGUUUAAAACGUGGCGAUCAAUUGCUUUCGGUUAAUGGUGUUUCGGUUGAUGGCGAGAAUCACGAGAAAGCCGUUGAACUAUUGAAACAGGCCGUUGGCUCUGUUAAGCUUGUUGUGCGCUAUACACCAAAAGUGCUUGAAGAAAUGGAACUUCGAUUUGAUAAACAACGUGCGGCACGUAGACGUCCAUAUCAAUAAAUGAAAUUUGAAGCCAAGCAUUUAAAACAUAUAGCGAAAAUAUAAAAAACAAACACAUAAAUAUUAUUCGAAGAUAAAAACAACAAUAACAAAAUGUGUCAUUUGUUAAAGUAUUGAUCAUCUGUCAUUUAUUCUUUUUCAUAAUGCUCAAACAUAGUUUAACGCUGGUACCAUUCGAAAGCAAUAAUUGUACCCGCAUUGGCUGAACACUUUGACGGCCGGAUUUUCUGACAUAAACAAAAAAAUUGGCCCCGAAUCGUUUCAUCAAUUCAUUCAUUUCCUAUCUGUCAUACACACACACACACACACACACAUCCCAUCUCAUUUAUUUUAUAAAUUGAAGUGUAUUUUUUAUUUUUUAUUAAUUAGAUAAAAAGAAAUAUAUAAUUAUUAUAAUUGUGUUAAUUGUGAAAAACAUGCCCAGGAAAAAAUCAGAAAUUAUAUGUUCUUUUUGUUUUGUAGAGAAAAAAAAAUGAAUUUAUGUCAGCGAAAAAUAAAAUAAAGAAAACAUACAUUGCUCUUCUUGUGAAUGAA